AUGCCAUCCGCCAUUACUGAGACUGAGACAUUGCCGCCCUUGAAGAAAUGGCAGCGGCCAGCAAAAACAAGUGUCGAUCUUCCAUGGGCAGAUAUUCAAACCAUUGAUAUCUCUCACUUUGAUGCACCGGGUGAGAAACAGAGAUUGGCUGAACAGUUGAGAAAGGCUGUCCAUGAGACGGGCUUCUUCAGCGUUGUGGGAACAGGAUUGACCGAGGAAGAAGUGCAACGUCAAUAUAACAUUGGACAGGCAUUCUUCGACUUACCAGCCGAGGAGAAAGGUCGCGCCGAAUAUCGAUGUGAUUUCACAGUAGGAAAUUAUUUUGGUUAUCGUGCACCAUUUGAGAAGAAAGUCAUGUCAACAGAGGUCAAGGACAUUGUGGAAUCGUUUAACGUGGCCAAGUUCAUUCCCCAAUAUACCAAAGAAGCUCGACACCCGUUCUUUGAACCAUAUCACGCUGAGAUGGAGGCCUUUUCGAGGAAAUCAUUAGCCAUCGCCAGCAAGAUAUUCACCUUAUUCUCAAUCAUCCUCGAACUGCCGGAGGAUUACUUCUCGUCACGACACGAGUACGAGUCUGAGAGCGAGGACCAUCUGCGCUACAUGACGUACUAUCCGCGAUCAUUGGCAGACGACAGUCUAGUUGAAAACACAUGGUCGCGAGCCCACACUGAUUUCGGAUCGUUGACUCUUCUUUGGAGCCAGGAUGUGGCCGGCCUACAGAUCAAGACCCAGACCGGCGAGUGGAAAUAUGUACCUCCCGUCGACAACGGCAUUAUCUGUAACGUGGGCGACACGCUUGACUUCUGGUCUGCGGGAUAUUUCAAGUCGACUACCCAUCGAGUAGUGCGCCCUCCACCAGAUCAGGUCCAUAUCAAUCGACAGGGUUUGUUCUAUUUUGUCAGGCCUGGGAAUGAGGUCGAUAUCAAGCCGGCGGCCUCACCGUUGCUGAAGCGUUUGGGCCUGGUGCGCGAGGAUCAGGAGUUGGCUGAGCCAGUAACGGGACUUCAAUAUGUGCGUGAACGGGUUAAGGAUUAUCAUAAUCAUACAGACUACGCUGAUAGGAGAGGGAAGAAGUUCAAGAUUGGAGGUUUGGAGAUUGAGGAUGAGGCUUCGUAG